UUCUAGCUACUAUGAACACUGAUAGCCUAUGGCCAAUGAACUGAGGAAAAGUCCAGGUAGCCCGACUUCCACCACAGAACAAGGUGCUCAGGCAACGCUCCUGGAAAUAAAAACAAGACACGAUCUCUCUUGGAAAUUCUGCAGAGGUAAAAACAUGGGCAUUUGUGCCAAACUGAGGGCAUCCAGCUGGGCUUACCCUACUGCUGUCCUGUCACUCUAUGGGUUUUUUGCUAACUGCAGAGUAGCAGAGCCCUUCCUCACACCAUACCUAAUUGGACCAAAUAAGAACAUCUCUGGAGAAGUGGUGACAAACUACCUGUUCCCGAUCUGGACAUACUCCUACCUGGCCUUCCUUUUCCCCGUCUUCCUCCUGGCUGACUUCCUGAGGCACAAGCCCGUCAUUGUGGUGCAGGGGCUCUUCCUGGUCACCAACUAUGUCCUGCUCUGCUUUGCCCCGGGUCUGCCUGCUAUGGUCUUCCUUCAGGUCAACUAUGCUGUAGUGACUUCCACAGAGGUGGCCUACUUUUCCUACAUUUACAGUGUGAUUCCAGUUGAGAAUUACCAAAGAGCCACCGGUUACCUGCGAAGUGCAAUGCUGGUUGGAUAUACAUUUGGUGCCAGCUUGGGCCAAGUGCUGGUCUCCCUGGCAGGAAUAGACUACUUCUACAUCAAUGCUAUCACUCUGGGGAAUGUAAGCGUGGCUUUUCUCAUCUCCUUCUGGUUGCCUAUGCCCCAGAGGAGCCUGUUCUUCAAAGGGGAAAAGGCAGCAGCUGUGGUCCCGCAGUCCCAGCAGGAGGGGCCUCUGGGACUGGACGGGCCUGAGGAGCCAGUGGUGGAGAAGGACGAAGCUGGCUCAGUGAAGGAGAAGAUGGAGCAUAAUGGCAGUGCUGGCUGGUGCAGCGGGAAAAACGUGGCCACUGUGGGCAAUCUACUUUGGCAAAGCGUCAGGGAGUCCUAUUCUUCCAGGAAUUUAAUCUACUGGUCCCUGUGGUGGGCUCUUGCCACAGCUGGCUACGUGCAGGUUUUCAACUACAUCCAGCUAAUGUGGGACCAUAUAGAACCAUCUGCCACAUCAUCCAUCUACAACGGAGGUGUAGAGGCUGCGUGCUCCCUUGUGGGUGCUGCAGCAGCCUUCUCCGUGGCCCACAUCAAGGUGACCUGGGACGUGUGGGGAGAGCUGGCGUUAGGGUUGUUCUCAGCCAUCGGGACGGGUGCUGUGUUCCUGAUGGCGCUCACCAGCAGUAUCUGGGCAUGUUAUGGUGCUUAUGUCAUAUUCAAGUCCUGCUAUAUGUUUCUUAUCACCAUCACAACAUUUCAGAUUGCGUCCAACCUCUCCAGGGAGUGCUAUGCCUUGACAUUCGGGAUCAACACUUUUGUAGCCCUUUCACUGCAGACGAUUGUAACAUUUAUAGUUGUUGAUGAAGCUGCCCUGGGACUGGACAUUGUGACACAGUUCAUCAUCUACGGCAGCUACUACGCCAUCAUCUCUGUGCUCUUUCUGAUUCGGGGGACCUACAUCGCCUGUAUAAACCGACGCAAUCCUGAGCACACGGAAACCAAGGAGCAAGAGUCCAGUGUGGAGGUGAUCUCUGCUGAGCGUUUCUGACCCAGGUCAACAGACUGUGUUGUCUCGAUACUAUUAAAUGAGAAGGUGA